AUGGCAGGUAAAGAAGACAAAAACACGGCCACUGAUGUUGUCUCCACCAGUGACAGCGACGCCGAAUACAGGCUUCAUUUUGCUAGACGUGGCCAGGCCUUCGAGGGUGUGUCAUCGAGCGAGGAAAGCAUUGACGGCUACGAUGCAGAACUGAUGAGUGGCAGGACGCUGCUCACGGCCGAAGAGGAGAAGAGAUUGCUACGCAAAAUCGACUGGCGGUUGAUGACGCUUUGCUCGCUCCUCUUUAUGUUCAAGAAUCUGGACAGCAGCAAUGUAUCCAAUGCUCGAAUCAUGAACGAGGGAACGAAUCAGAACAUCAUGACACAGCUUGGACUGACUUCCAACGAGUACAAUCUCGUCACUGUCGCUUACUAUCUCCCAUACAUUGUGUUCGAAGCACCCUCAAAUCUACUGCUCAAGAGAUUCUCUCCGUCAAAAUGGCAGUCAAGAAUUAUGGUCGGCUGGGGUAUCGUUCUCAUGUGCAAUGCUGCCGUGAAGGACAAGGGCGGUUUGUUCACAACGCGGUUCUUCCUAGGUCUGGCCGAGGCUGGACAGUUCCCCGGUGUCAUUCUCCAGAUGACUUACUGGUAUCGCCCAGACGAGAUGUCCUUACGGCUGCUCUACUUUUAUAUUUGCGGAAACGUUUCAGGUAUCUUCAGUGGUCUUCUUGCCUAUGCGUUUGACACUGUGUCUGGCGCAGGGGGGCUUUCCGGAUGGCAGUGGUUGUUCCUCAGCGAAGGUAUUGCGACUGUCCUUUUCGGUAUUGCCAUCUGGUUCUUACUCCCAGAUUUUCCUGAGACCGCAAAUUGGUUGACGGAGAGGGAAAAGAAGUUCAUCCAAGCCCGACUGCCAUCCAAUGCUCCUCGAGCCAACGAGCAGAACUUCAAACUCCGCGAAGUGAUCGAGUCCCUGAAAGACCUAAGGCUGUGGUUGUUUACGCUGAUUUGGGCCACUUUUACUGUUGGAACCAACGGCGUCACAUUCUAUCAAUCGACCGUCAUUGCUGACCUCGGAUACACGACCAUUGCCGAGGCUCAACUGCUCAAUCUCCCUAUCACGGCGUGUGGUCUCCUGUUCAUUGCCGCCACGGGCGUCAUGGCAGACCGCAGUCGGAUACCCCGGCCGUUGUACCCCCUUUCUUUCCUUCUCGUCAUCAUAAUCUGUUACGGCGUGUUUGUUGCCUAUCCGAGUGCUGGUGCCAUAUACGCUGUGACGCUGAUCGGAAAUGCCGUUACUGCCGCGUGGUACCCUGUCAUGUGGCCAUGGCGAGUACAAACCACGUCCAGGGCCACGGGCUCCGCCUUCUCUAUCGGCUUCGUCAACAGCUACGGUCAAAUUGGGGGCGCCAUCGGGCCGCAGAUAUUCAGAAGCAAGUACGCACCACACUACACAGUGCCAUUCUCCAUCGCCAUGGGGCUCGUGGGCCUUUGUGUGAUCUUGACGCUGGUGACGUGGUGGGUGACGAGGGACACGGAGCGCGACACGAGGCGGCUGAAGCUGGCCAAAAUCGCUGCUGAGAGGAGGGGAGAGACGAUUUUGGAAGAUGUUGUGGACCGGGACUUGAAAGAUCGCUAG